GCGUCACGGUAUACAUCUCACGUGACACAUCGUGAUCAACAUGGCGGCCACCUCUGUGUUCCAGAGAGUGAGAACGGGCUCGAAAAUCGGAGCGCAGUAUGAUCAGGAGGGCAAUCUCAUCAAGGUGGAGACACGUGAGGAUGAGGAGCAGAGUGUCAAGCUUGCUGAGAUUUUGGAGUUGUUGCUUGCAGCUGGUUAUUUUAGAGCACGCAUUAAGGGACUGUCACCCUUUGACAAGGUGGUAGGAGGAAUGACCUGGUGUAUAACUACAUGCAACUUUGACAUAGACGUUGACCUACUCUUCCAAGAAAAUUCCACCAUCGGUCAGAAAAUCGCUCUGACAGAAAAGAUUGUGUCAGUUCUGCCCAGAAUGAAAUGUCCUCACCGAUUAGAGCCUCAUCAGAUCCAAGGGUUGGAUUUCAUCCACAUCUUCCCUGUUGUACAAUGGCUGGUAAAAAAGGCGAUUGAAACCCGGGAGGAGAUGGGAGAUUAUGUCAGGUCAUAUUCCAUCUCUCAGUUCCAGAAAACACAUGCAUUUCCUGAGGACGAGGAGUUUGCAUUAAGGAAGGAGCGAGCCAUCAGUACUGUGGUGAAUGUUUGCGAGGUGUAUGCUCCUCAGAGGCGUUAUAAACGGCAGGUAGAUGCUGGUGAGCUGUUGGAUGAAGAGUCUCGGGUUCAUUCCACCCUGCUGGAGUUUGGCAGGCGCUAUGGAUUCAGCAAACAGUCUAAAGCAGGCACAGCAGUGGAGCAGAAGCAGGUGUUGGCUCAGGGCACGCAGGGUGUGCCGCCUGGAAUGGCCCAAGUGUCUGAAGAAGAGGACCUGCAGGCAGCAGAGGAGCUCAGAAUAAAGGCCCUGAUGACUGGAAUGGCUGCCAUGGCAACGGAGGAGGGGAAGUUGUCAGCCAGCACAGUUGGGCAGAUUGUUGGUCUGCAGUCUGAGGAGAUUAAGCAAAUUGCCACUGAGUAUGCCGAAAAGGCGGAGCGUUCUGUGGAGGAUCGGCCAGAGAGAUUUGGGCCUGCGCAACAACACCGGCGUCAGCUGACGUCACUCAACAAACAAAUCACUCAAAAAACAAAAGAGCUGGAAGAGCUGCAAUCCAAACAGCAGGAGGCCAGAGUGGCGUGUGAGGAUGCUAAAAUCCAACUAGCCGAGGCCACAGCGCACACUGAAAAGCUAGAGAGGGAGCUGAGCUCACUAGAGGAUGUGGAGAUUCAGACAGAUUCUGGCUUGCUGGAGAAAGUUCGUGCUUUGGUGGCUAUGAAUGAAAACCUGAAACAUCAAGAGCAAAUGUUCCGCUCACAUUGCCGCGAGGAAAUGACCCGUCUGCAGCAGAAUAUUGAAGAGUUGAAGCUGGAAUCUGGAGACGAAGGAGAUGAUAAGAAGGAGAUGAAUAUGUUGAUUGAUCAGCAGUACACUACAGACCGAGAGAAACUACAGAAGAUUCGUCUGCUCAUGGCAAAGAGGAAUCGCGAGAUCGCCAUCCUGCAGCGAAAGAUUGACGAGGUUCCCAAUAGAGCCGAGCUGACCCAGUAUCAGAAACGCUUCAUUGAGCUCUACAGCCAAGUUUCUGCAACACACAAAGAGACAAAACAGUUCUUCACACUCUACAACACCCUGGAUGACAAGAAGGUUUAUCUGGAGAAGGAGGUUAAUCUGCUGAACUCCAUACAUGAUCAUUUCCAGCAGGCCAUGGCUUCAUCAGGAAGUAAAGAACAGUUUCUCAGACAGAUGGAGCAAAUUGUGGAAGGAAUCAAACAGAGCCGCAUAAAGAUGGAAAAGAAAAGACAGGAGAACAAGAUGCGCAGAGAUCAGCUGAAUGAUGAAUAUCUGGAGCUGCUGGAUAAACAGAGACUCUACUUUAAAACCGUCAAAGACUUUAAAGAGGAGUGCCGCAAGAAUGAGAUGCUGUUGUCUAAACUGAGGGCAAAGGGAGCAUCGUAACAGCUGGACAAGCACACACACCCCUUCAAUACACAACCUCCUAAUAGCACUUCAAAACACACAUU